AUGACUCGAGCUAAACGUGCGCGUCGUGCACCCGCACAAUCUGCCAAGUCUCAUGCACGAUCACCUUCACCCGAUGCAAGUGACAACCAAGUUCCUCGACCGAAUCAGUCUUCUGAGAGAGGCCGUAGGAGGAGGACGCGAUCUUCAGGUGCUUAUUCAAAUGCCGUCAACGAGCAAGAUGUUCUCGCGGCGAAUCGGCGUCGCGACGCAGCGCUAGACAAGCUAGCCAACGAGGAUCCUACUUCCACAGCCAGUAACAAUGUUGAGGAUGGAGAUUCCGGAAGCUCAGUUGAAGGUGGACGACGAGUGACAGCUACACCGACUCGAAGAAGGGACACAACUGGACUAGAUCUAGCGGAUAGCGUGUUUGGCGAUCUCGAUGAUAGUUUUGGGCUCGAGGACGACGAUACCCGACCAGGACUGCGCUCAGCUGAUGCAUCAUCUCUCAACUUGAGCAACUUCAGGCGCAGGCCACGCCAAUCCAGCAUUAUUGGGCGCAACGACCCUCCCAUUAGGCCCAGUAGCCGCGGCGGCAACACACCCAGUAUCAGCUCGACACUUCACUUUGGUGCCUUCAAGCGGCGCGCACGAGAGCCGAGCAUUUUGGGAACUGCACGAAAGCCUCGACCGGAAGAAAAUGCCGCAGGACAGGAACCGGAUUCAGCGAGCGAGGACGAUGACGAUUUUAUGCCUGAAGCCGAAUCGACACCUCUCAACAACCGACGGCGGACAAAGCCCGAGACCGAGCUGGAGAUCGAGGUUCCUGCCUCCCCAGAAGUCUCUGCAGGACCGAAGCACAGAAAAAGAAAGAGUGAAGAUGCGUUACCAAGUAGUGGUCGGCCUGAUAAGAUGUCGCGAAUUGAGAGAGACGCGGGCGAGGAAUCAGAGGAAGAAGCGGGACCUGCACCCCAGGUGAUUUCUGAUAAUGCGAGCGAUUCCUCACUGUCAGAUCUCGAUUCUCCCCUAGGACCAUCUCCGGUACUUCUGGACAGGCCUGUCACUCCCAUCAAUAACGAGGAACUCAUGGCUCUACCUGCCAGUAGUGAUUCAGAAGACGUGAACUGGCCUGAUAUUCAUACCUUGGCUAAGCGGCGCCGAAGGCCUUCCACCACAACACCUAUUCGCGCUGAUAACUUUUCAGAUGUCUCUUCACUUCCUUCUCUGACACACUCUCCCAAUUAUGCAGAGGCAUCGAAGUCCCGGGGCCGGCCGACAACUCGACGUCAGCAACCAUCACCAAAGAUAACAACUGCCGACUUGACAAAUCUACUUCCGAAGCGCCAUUACAAGAAGCAGCGGGACCCACUAGGACUGGAAAGCGACGAGGAGCAUGACACAUCCGGUAUCGGGGAGGACGAGGAUGAGCUAUCAUAUCUUGACAGCCGGGCUGCGCGCCGAAGACGAGGCGGGCGCCCAACGCAGGCUCUUAAGCCCAGACAGCCAACCUCUGACAAGCAGACGGGUCGCAAUGCACAGACUUACUCGCGUCGGUCAUCGGACAAGGAGAAUGAAAAUGAUGCUGGCAGCGAUGAAGACGAGGAUGAGCACGAAGCCAGCCGUUUCCAGCCACUCCCAGACGAUACUUUUGAGAACGGAAGUGGUGAGAAUGCAAGCACUCCAUCAGCUGAUGAGCUCAAGCAAGCAGCAAGGAAGUUCAAAGAGGUUGACCGGUGGGAACUUGACUUUGAAGAGGUUACGCAGAGUUCGUCUCCACUUGCGCGAUGA